AGCUGCCGCUUCUCCGGCCUCCACCGCCUCCGAGCAGAAGAUGGCUGUGCCUCCCACGUAUGCCGAUCUUGGCAAAUCUGCCCGGGAUGUCUUCACCAAGGGCUAUGGAUUUGGUUUAAUAAAACUUGACUUGAAAACAAAGUCUGAGAAUGGAUUGGAAUUUACAAGCUCGGGCUCAGCCAACACUGAGACCACCAAAGUGAACGGCAGCCUGGAAACCAAGUACAGGUGGACCGAGUAUGGCCUGACGUUUACUGAGAAGUGGAACACUGACAACACACUAGGCACUGAGAUUCCUGUGGAGGAUCAGCUUGCGCGAGGACUGAAGCUGACCUUCGAUUCAUCCUUCUCACCAAACACUGGGGGAAAAAAUGCUAAAAUCAAGACAGGGUACAAACGUGAGCACAUCAGUCUGGCCUGCGACGUGGACUUUGACAUCGCUGGGCCUUCGAUCUGGGGUGCUCUGGUGCUGGGUUAUGAGGGAUUGCUGGCGGGCUACCAGAUGAAUUUUGAGACUGCAAAAUCCCGAGUGACCCAGAGCAACUUUGCAGUUGGCUACAAGAGGGAUGAAUUCCAGCUUCACACUAAUGUGAAUGAUGGGACAGAGUUUGGUGGCUCCAUUUACCAGAAGGUGAACAAGAAGUUGGAGACUGCUGUCAAUCUUGCCUGGACAGCAGGGAAUAGUAACACUCGCUUUGGAAUAGCAGCCAAGUAUCAGAUCGACCCUGAUCCCUGCUUCUCGGCCAAAGUGAACAACUCCAGCCUGAUUGGACUAGGGUACACUCAGACCCUAAAGCCAGGUAUCAAACUGAGGCUGUCAGCUCUGCUGGAUGGCAAAAAUGUCAACGCUGGUGGCCACAAGCUUGGUCUAGGACUGGAAUUUCAAGCAUAAAUGAAUACUGUACAAUCAUUAAUUUUAAGCAGCAUAGCUACCUUCAGAAUUUAGUGUACCUUUUAAUGUUGUCUGUUUGGGAUGCAAGAACGCUAAAUAUCAUGUUAGAUCUUCAGAUUUAAAGAUGAUUCAGCUUUAAGGUGUUACAGAAGAAACCUGAUUCCAAAAAAGAUCCUUUCAGCUGUAGAAAAGGGGAGAUCUUAGUGGCCCCCUCUAGAGAUGCCAGGUUUCUUUGUUUUUAAAUAAAAGAGUUGCUGCAAGUGGAAGCUAA